AUCUCCUCUCGCAUCUACAUCAUAUGCACCUGCACCCGCACCUCACCUGCACUUGCACCUGCGCUCACUUUCCCCACACUCUCACUCUCACUCUCACGCUCUUUCUUAAUCUUCAGCUCACUCGACUCCGUAUCAAUGCUGCUCUCCCUUGCCUGACUCUACACAAACACCACCACCACCAUCACCACCCACCUGUCUUUACUUUUACGCUUCGCUCAUAAUAAUCACCUACACCCACCUCACCAACGUCACCCAAGUCAAUAGCACUGCACUUCGCUGCAUCCCUCGACUGCGCUCCCCCUCCACAUAUCCAACUUGUUUUGCACGGCACCCUCAGAGGCUCAGUGCUCGACUGCUGCACCUUUCUAUUCUCAACGAACGAUCGUUGGUCUGCGGGUACUUGUAUACACCAACUCUGAGAUACCUAGCAUACGCGGUCCCAACCUUCAACCAGCCAUGAUGGCUCGUGUCUUCCCAAUUUCCGAAUGGGCUCCCGUCGAUAGCUCCCAGGCGUCAACAAGCGAUUUCAGCACGUCUUAUAGUACAGCGGUUUCCGAGGACGUCUUCGAGGAGAAGACAUCCGCACCUCCCUCACGAUUCGGACGCCGGACCGCAUCUUCACAUUUUGGGCGAGAUGUCGAGUCGAGCUUGGCAAGACUGGCUAUCACGAACAGAACCCAAGAACAAGAGACAGAGAAGCAGGACGAGGGAAGGAUAGGCGGAGGCUUUCGUGGAUUCAUCAGGAGAGCUUCGAUCUCCAUGAGAAAGCAGCGCCGUCAUUCCCACACAGCAAAUGUCGAUCUUGGCGAGGAGAGGCCACAAACAGCCAAGUCCUCGUGGAAGCGAUUAAGACAAGCAGCAAGCUUUAGUAGGAAUUCGAAAUGUUUUCCAGCGCCCUGUUUUGACGAAGAGGUUUCCACGGACGCCUCAGAAAUCCUAGCACCAAUUCCUGGUUUCGGCAAUGCACCUCCAGUCAUACCUCGCGGCAGUGGAGGAGAAGCAGCAAGAGCAACGGCGGCGGCUCAAAAUGAGUUGCUAUUCGGUAGAAAUCGUCAAUUACUACAGUUGGGGGAUCGGGAAAGUGGAAUUGGUAUAGCCGUGACAACUGUUCACUCUACAGAAUCCGAUCCCGCUACGUCAAUUAGCUCCGUCGAUUUUAUUUCCGCUCUCCCCGUCGAAUUGGCCAUCCAGGUUCUGGCCCAUCUUGAUCAUACUGUGCUUGUCAGGGUGUCAAGAGUUUCCAAGUCGUGGCGACGUGUUGCGAACUCGCCCCAUAUUUGGCGCGAGGCAUUCAUUCGAGAAAAAUCCAAGACGUAUGCUAUGAGCAAACCCAUCCAACUCGGAACUGGACUGGGACUACCUCCAUUCAAACCUGAAAACGAUUGGAAGGACAUCUACCGAAUCAAGCAGGAAUUAGAACGUAAUUGGCUAGAGGGUGCCGCCGAGCCAAUAUAUCUGAAUGGCCACAGUGAUAGUAUAUAUUGUGUUCAGUUCGAUGAGUAUGUUGUUUUACCGUUCUCGACCACAAAGCUAACGUUUGUUCUUAGAUCCAAAAUCAUCACAGGCUCUCGCGACAAGACCAUUCGAGUAUGGGACAUGAGAACUUAUUCCUGCAAGUUGAUAAUUGGACCUCCUGAUGUCGUUGGAAACGAAGCGGCAAUCAUGACUAGCGAGGACGGCUCACCUCAACACUACGCGACAAUGCCGGACAUGAGUCGUUCGGCUACUCUCAAACCUUCUACCGUUUCUUAUCCAAUCUACCACAACCAAUCUAUUUUGUGUCUACAAUAUGACCAAGACAUUUUGGUCACUGGGUCAUCUGAUGGAACUUGCAUCGUCUACGAUAUCAACGACAAUUAUAGGCCUACCAUGAGAUUACGACACCACACGGCAGCUGUCCUUGAUCUUGCAUUUGACGAUCGUUACAUCGUUACAUGUUCCAAAGAUGUAAGCAUUUGUGUUUGGGAUCGAAAGACUGGAGUUAUGUUGAAGCAGCUUCGGGGCCAUGCCGGUCCAGUCAACGCCGUGCAGAUGAGAGGCAAUACAAUUGUCAGUUGCUCUGGUGACUUUAGUGUCAAGCUGUGGAACAUUGAUACUGGCAAGAACAUCAGAGAAUUUUCUGGCCACACUAAGGGAUUGGCUUGCAGUCAGUUCUCCGAUGAUGGCAAAUAUAUUGCUUCGGCAGGAAACGACAAAAUCAUUCGAAUCUGGGAUGCAAACACGGGAGAGUGUCUACACAAUAUUGCAGCGCAUGACAAUCUCGUUCGUUCUUUACAUAUCGACUCUGUCAGUGGCAGGCUAGUAUCCGGAAGUUACGAUCAAGAUAUCAAGGUAUUCGACAUGGAGAGUGGACGUUUACUUCUUGAUUUUCCGAAAUGGCAUUCCAGCUGGGUUCUCGGUGCAAAAUCGGAUUAUCGCCGUAUAAUCAGUACAGGGCAAGAUCCCAAAAUUUUGAUUAUGGACUUUGGUAUGACAAUCAAAGGAAUCGAAAAGCUUGAAAGUGGACGAUAAUUUCCUGGUAUGUGUAGACGGAGAUGUCUCUCUUGCGAUUUUUUAUGUUUACCAGGUAGCGGGCGUUCGGAGAUGAUAGAUGAAGCAAUUUCAGGGACCGUUCAUCAACGGAUAGCUAUUUUUCUUUUGUUGCAUUGCUUCGGCGUAAGAGAUUUGAGGGUCUGAUGAUUCGAUCACCCAGGGCAUCAUGGAGGGCAAUUUACAUAGAGAGUUGAAGUCUCGUAGAAUAAUG